AAGAUCACUGAUAGAGAUGACAGUCAAACCAGGAGAAAAUAUCACUCUUUACUGUGACUGUAAAUCAUCAGUUGGAGUAUACGUAGUGUGGUACAGGUUCUCACAUGAGAACCACCCUUCGCUUAUCCUGAAAACCUGGUCUGAUGGGAAAAAUGUUGUAUCAGGUUCAACUGAUAAUGUUUACAGACAGAUUCUGAAUCCAGUUCCUAAUUUUCAUCUCAUAAAGAAUGAUUCCUCACAAUCAUAUGACCUGCUGAUCACAAACAUAACUGAUUUGGAUGAGGGCUUCUACUACUGUGGAACUCAACAGCCCAAGGUUGAAGAUAAAGAAAAGAUUACUCGUGAAUAUGAAUACAGAUUUGGUAACAUCACAACGAGGAUCUCAUUUCAAUCAGAAUCCAGUGAGAAUCCACAAGAUUGUGAGAAUACGCAGGAUUAUGGUGUGUGCUGGACACUGCUGUACUCUCUGUGUCCAGCUUUUGCAGUCGUCUCAUCUCUUCUUUCCUUUCUUUUGAUUUAUCACUGCAAAAAGACAGCUAUGGACCCUCAGUCUGACGAGAAAAAAUAUGUCAACAGAGAUCAGACAAGAAGAAAUCAGGAUGAAGAUGUGUGUUACGCUGCACUGGAAAUCCGUCAGGCAUCACAGAGACCAAAGAAGAGGACAGCCCAGAGUUCAGACUUCAGCACCUACUCUGCCAUCAAUACUUGUAGCAUGUAAUGACCCCAGGAGUGCAACAGGCUUUACAAUGAAUUCAUUAGUGGUAAUACUUGCAUGGUUCAAUGUUUUCUUCCUAUUUAAGUGCUAUGAGUAAGUGAUUUGUUGUCUUCCACAGAAAUUACAAUGCUUUGAUAUUUAGAAAUUAAUAAAUAGUUUAU